CUAGACUCCAAAUCAGUUUCUACACCUAUGGAUUACAAAGUUCAUCUCAACAAUGAAUCUGAUACUCUUUUUUAUGAUCAUGAGUGAUAGACCGUUAGUUACACAUGUUUUCACCCCUGUUCUUACACCGUUUGAGAGGUGGUUUCUCGUGUUUUAGACCGAUUUCACGCUAGGUUGUGCUUGUUUGUGAUAUUUCAGGUCCUGGCAAGUGAAUGAAGGUUUAGGAGCGAGUUCGGGGUCGAUUGGGUGAAGAUCGGGUGCGAGACAGGUCACAAAGGAGGUCACACGGGCUGCCCUGAUGUUCACACGGCCGUGUGAAGUAAUGGCCUGGCCGUGCGAGUUUUUCCGAGAGCACACACGGGCAGAGCAGAGGAUCGGCACGGCCGUGCAAGUGGCCGGUUUGGCCGUGCCACAUUCUGCGAGAGCAAACACGGGCAAGAGGGGAUGUCCACACGGUCGUGCCAUUCUGGCCGUGCAAAGAGCCUGGAAUUCGAACUAAAUGAAACGAUGCGUUUUGACUCACACGGGCAACUGGGUGAGCUGCACGGCCGUGCCACCCUGGCCGUGUGAGUCGGGAUUUUCUCCUUUUAAGCAGAAUUUCAGCCACAAUUCGAGGGGAUUCGAGUUUUUGAGUAAGAGAGCGAUUCCUAGAGAGAGAAAGUGACGAGCAAGAGUUCCCAAGUGCCCUAGAUUGAUCUUCAACACCAUUGGAGGCCAGUUUGAGCUUGGAGAAGUGCCAAUCAAUGUCCAGAAGCAGGAAUCCAUCCUUCGCAGUAUGAAUUCCGUGUCUGAUUCUGCUUUUGCUUUCUUCUCCAUGGAGUAGUUCUCCCAUUCAUCUGGGUAUGGAGAACCCUAGAUUUGUAUGUUAGGCUUUGAUUGUAUGAACCCAAGUACUGAUUCUAUGAUUGAUUAUAUUCGAUUGAGGUUUUAAUGAUUGAAUGACUUGAAUCCUGAUCAAAUUCCUGUUGUUUCUGCUUUGACCUAGAAUGAGAAUAUCUGCCUAGGUUAAUAGAGUAUCCUUGAUUGAAGGUAGGGAGUUGGUGACUUUAGUCGAGGAGCCAACUCACUAUUCUGUACCGGAUUUACUCCGGUAGUGGAGGUUUUGUUCUUAGGGCCUCAAUCUGUCGACUCCGGUGGAGGUUAGUCGCCCGCUAGAGAGUCAGAUUGAGAGGGUCUGAAGACCUUUAGUCGAGACUUCAGGCUGUUUAAGAACCUUCCGCAGUAUAACUGUCAUAGAAACUGAACUUGGUAAUUGCAAUCCGGCUUAACUGCAGUCUAGGGGGAACCAUAUCCGGGUGACCUCUUUAACCUGAAUACAACCAGUUUACUUGCUUUGUUUGUUUGGUAGUUUAGACUUGCACUCCAGUUUCAUUGCUAGAUAACAAGAAUUCACUGAGUAGUCAUCACAUCUAGGACCCGGGUUGAUAAUUAAACCCAAACCCGCUAUACUACGCUUUAGGAAGUGGUUUCACUUGGCCAAUUCCUGGAGUGACAGUAGAGUCGAGUCAAGUUUUUGGCGCCGUUGCCGGGGACGGCUAGGUUGUUGAAGAAAAGUGAUUUCUGUUAAUUUGGCUUUUCUUUUUGCUUUGUUUGCUUUGUCCCACUUGUGCCUUCACGGGUUUGUCUGCUUGAGUGUGUGCAGGUAGUGCAUGACCCGUAGCCAGUCGGGAGGUUUACUGCCGUUGAAUCCAGAGAUUGACCGCACCUGUCGCCAGCUCAGGAGACAACAACGAGCUAGACUGGCUACGGAAGAGCGCAUAGACGGCCACGUGAGCAGUGAUUCUGAAGAAGAGCACAGGAUGGACGGAGAGUAUAAUCCGCACCAGGGGAAUCCACAGCAGGUUCCCCCUGCGAAUCAGGUCCUGGGGAACAACCCCAUACCCCAGGAUCAUGGAGUUCAUCAUCCACCGCAGCCGGGCCCCACCUUGGAGUACUACUACACUCCUCGGAUUGCUGACAUCCGCCCGGUCAUCCUCUACCCACCGAUCCCAGCUAACAACUUCGAGAUCAAGCCAUGCUGGAUUCAGCUCAUCACAUCCUCGAUCCAGUUUCAUGGCUUGAAGGAUGAGGAGGCCAGGGUACAUCUGUCCCGUUUUCUGCAGCUGACAAACGGGUUCAAGGUGAACGGUGUUCCCGAUGAUGCGAUCCGCCUUCAUCUCUUCCCCCAUUCUCUGGCGGGGAAUGCUAAGAGGUGGUUGGAGACCCAGCCCCCAUUGUCCAUCACCUCUUGGGACGAUCUGGCGGACAAGUUCGUGCACAGGUACUAUCCGGCAUCGAAGACUACAGAGAUUCAGCGGGAGAUCACUCACUUCCGCCAGGAGCCAGAUGAAUCACUCCGUGAUGCUUGGGAGCGUGAUGACUCGGUAUUUGCACAUGUUUUCCCCAUUGUUUCUUGAUUGUUUGAGCUUGAAUUAUUGCGUCUUUGGCCUAUUUUAUGCUAGGUUGUAUUCCUUUGUCCCAUUUCAGGUCCUAGCACAUAAAGUGAAGCAUAGGCGCAAGUUUCAAGUCAAUCAGAGAUCAAUUGACGAUUCGAGAGAAGAAACUCGGGCAUGACCUGAAGAAGAAUGGAUUUCUACCUCACUUUAUGGACAAAUAAUCAUGCAAGCUUGUUAUGAAACGAAAGAGGACGAGACUACGAGCGUCUGGGAUCAAACGGCGAUGGAUUCGGAGUCCGGACGAGGGAGAAACGAAGCAUUAAACAGAGGCUGAGCAAGCUGCACGGGCAGACCAGGGAGGCUGCACGGCCGUGCACGUGAGCAAUAUGGCCGUGCGCCUUAUGCUGAGGACACGCACGGGCAACCCCUGAAGCUCGCACGGCCGUGCACCCUGGCCGUGCGAGAGGGCUGAAGUUCGACUAAAUGACGCGCUGCGUUUUGAGUUGCACGGCCAGAAUGGUGAUAUGAACGGCCGUGCACCCUGGCCGUGCGAGUCGGGAUUUCCUGGUUUUAAGCCAAAUUCCGAACCAAAGAAGAGGAGAGCUGGGUUUUUGGAUCCCAAACACCCAAGGGACGAACCCUAGAGAGAGAGGGCGAUUUGAGGGCAUUCUUGGAGUAGAGAAGGAGGAUUUCUUCGCCUUGGAAGCUCGAGGAACAAGCCCGGACUUGAAGACUGAUCAUCUGAAGAUUCUUACUGCAGUCUCUCUCUUCUCUAUGGAGUAACUUCCCUUCACUUAGGUUUUGAGGAACCCUAGCUAUGUUUGUUUGAUUGGAUGAUUGUAUGAGUACUCUGACUGGAUAAUCUUGAGUUCAUAUUCAAUCUAUGCAUGUUUUCAUGAUUCAAUUCUACUUUAGUCGAGAUUAUUGAUUCUGCUUUGAUUCUAUGAGAGGGAAUACCUGAUUAGGUCAAUAGAGCACCAUAGAUUGAUAGUAGUGGAUCGAUUGCUUUAGUCGAGGGUUGAUUCACUACUUUGUAUCGAUUGAGAACCUCUUUCGAUAGAGGGAGUCUAGUUCAGAACGCCUUGAUCAGUUGUUCUAGAGAAGGAUACGUCCCUCUAGGCAAUUGACUCAAGAGGGCCUUGUUCCUUUAGUCGAGACUCAAGGUCUAGUCAAGGAUUCUCCGCAUUGUGAAUGAAAGUGAAACAAGUUA